UUGUAACAGAAAAUUAAAAUAUACUCCACUGAAGAGAACUCUGUACUUUGCACUUUGGUUAAAGUGUCAUUUAGAUUUAAAUUUCUAAACUUUUCUUAAGAAAUUUAGUUUUCUUUGAUCUCCUUUCUUCUAAAUUGCAGAAAUCAGAUAAAACUACUUGGCAAAAUGACUUCUUGUCACGUUGCUGAAGAACCUAUAAAAAAGGUUGCUAUCUUUGGAGGAACUCAUGGGAAUGAGUUAACAGGAGUAUUUCUAGUUAAGCACUGGCUAGAGAAUGGCGCUGAGAUUCAGAGAACAGGGCUGGAAGUAAAACCAUUUAUUACCAACCCAAGAGCAGUGAAGAAGUGUACAAGAUACAUUGACUGUGACUUGAAUCGUGUUUUUGACCUUGAAAAUCUUGGCAAAAAAAUGUCAGAGGAUUUGCCAUAUGAAGUGAGAAGGGCUCAAGAAAUAAAUCAUUUAUUUGGUCCAAAAGAUAGUGAAGAUUCCUAUGACAUUAUUUUUGACCUUCACAACACUACUUCUAAAAUGGGGUGCACUCUUAUUCUUGAAGAUUCCAGGAAUGACUUUUUAAUUCAGAUGUUUCAUUAUAUUAAGGCUUCUUUGGCUCCAUUACCGUGCUAUGUUUAUCUUAUUGAGCAUCCUUCCCUCAAAUAUGCAACCAGUCGUUCUAUAGCCAAACAUCCUGUUGGUAUAGAAGUUGGUCCCCAGUCUCAAGGGGUUCUGAGAGCUGAUAUUUUGGAUCAAAUGAGAAAAAUGAUUAAACAUGCUCUUGAUUUUAUACAUUAUUUCAAUAAAGGAAAAGAAUUUCCUCCCUGUGCUAUUGAGGUCUAUAAAAUAAUGGAGAAAGUUGAUUAUCCCAGGAAUGAACGUGGAGAAAUUGCUGCUAUUAUCCAUCCUAAUCUGCAGGAUCAAGACUGGAAGCCAUUGCACCCUGAGGAUCCCGUGUUUUUAACUCUUGAUGGAAAGACUAUUCCAUUGGGCGGAGACUGUACCGUGUACCCGGUGUUUGUAAAUGAGGCUGCAUAUUAUGAAAAGAAAGAAGCUUUCGCAAAGACGAUGAAACUAACGCUCAGUGCAAAACGUAUUCGCUCCUCUUUACACUAGAAAUCACUUCUAGCUCACUUGUUAUAUGGUAUCUUGAAAAACUACUAGUUUGUAAGCUCAUCUAGAGCAGAGCUGUGCCUUAUUCAACUUCAUAUCCGUAGCACCUAGCCCAGCGCCUUAUGCAGUAGACAUCCAGGCAAAUUUCUUAAAUUAAUGAAUAUCUUUUAAAGGUAUCAAAUUUUAUAUAUGUAGCUUCUUCAGAGAAGUGUAUUUCCUAUACCUAUAUAACAUUUUAUACAUGAUCUUUGAUAGUUUGACAUUCUUAAUAGUCUUUAAAUUCAAAAUAUAAAAUUGAAAUAGAUACUAUAUAAAAAAAGCUAUCAACUUGAACUUAGAAUUGUUAUAUGAUUUCAAGUAAUGUAUAAACACUACUAAAAACUAAUGUUGCAGGCUUGCUAUUUUUAAAAUUUUCAUACUUGAAUUAAUGAUAAUAUAUUAAGUAUCUAGGGCAUAAACUUUAGCAAUAGUUGUGAUACCUGUAGGAGAUUUUUAAAUGCUCUUUUGCAGAUGAAAUGUGAAAGAGCAAUAGAUCUGAUUGUAAAGGUGACAUUAUGAAUACAUCCAGAAACUCUGAAUUACCCCUUGUCCACAGACAGACAAUAACCCACUUGAAGCAUCACUGCUCUGACAUCCCACUUGCUCUGCACUGACCUCAGGGAGCACAGGAGCACAGAGCCUCCUUCAGGCAUCUGACACACCCCUAGAGAAGCUAAUGUUCCUUCCCAACGUGGAAAAUUUGGAAGAGGCAUGUUCUUCACCACUGUCACUUCUCAUUUGGAAAGAACACACUUGCCCUUAUUCCCAGCCAAGGUGUGAGGAGGUCUCUGGGUUCCAGCAGCUGCCAGCAUAGGGGUGAAUACCAAUAGCAGAGAGCAGUGGACACUAGGGUAAAUGUGACCCAAAUGCAUGCCUCUGGUUUGCAAAUACAUUCUUUCGAGGAAUUCCCCCAUGUCUUAAUGCUGGAAUCCCUCACCUCCCUUGAUUCUUCUCCUCAAAGGACCUCCAGCCGUAAUGAUGCCUCCCUCUUUCUCCAGCCGUACCAGGAGCCUCCCCUCCCUCCUCAGGCCACAGCAGCCAAGUAAAGAGAAUUCUUAUCCCAUGAUUUAGACUCCAAGGAACCCAAAUUUAUGGUUUCAAAUGUAUUUACCAAAAAUACUAACAUUAUCUAAGAUAUAUAUAUGUAAACAUUUUCAUUCUUCCAGAGCAAACCCCAUUAAGCCAAUAUCAUUCCAUAUUCAGUGUCCUAUAGAGCACAAUUAAAGUGUUUCUAACUUUUUCAGCAUUUAUUUUGUACCUUACCA